GACGCGACCGAGACCCGCGCGCGACGGCGCGAGGCUAUAAAAUCCGCCCCCCGCGUCGCAGUGACCUCCCCCUCUACUCGGCAACGGAAAGAAGAGAAGAAGAGAAGAGAGGAGAGGGAAAUCGCCAUGUCCAACGUGCCCACCUCGCUCCGCGACUCCUCCCUCACCGUCUUCCGCCUCGCCAUCUCCAGCUCCGACCCCUGGCCCUUCUCCCUCUAACCCAACCCAGCUUCGUCUUCUUCGUCUUCCUCCUCUCGACGACCAGCAGGAGCAGGAGCUCUCUCUCUUUCUCGUCGUCGUCUUCCUGCUGCUCCUCCUCCUCGGUUGAGUUCUUGGAUUCCAAGAUGCACGGGAGGCACCAGCAGCAGCAGGGGCAGGGGCAGGGGGCGGCGGUGGCGCCGAAGGGGUGCGUGACGGUGAGGGUGGGGGCCGACGGGGAGGAGCAGCGGCGGUUCGCCGUGCCGCUCGGCCACCUCAAGCACCCGCUGUUCGGCGCGCUGCUCGAGGAGGCGGAGCGGGAGUACGGCUUCCGGCAGCAGGGCGCCAUCGCCAUCCCCUGCCCCGUCGACCGCUUCGUCCACGUCGAGCGCCUCAUCGACCAGGACCUCCACGGCGCCCACCACCUCGUCGACCUCGACGCCGCCGCCGCCCACCACCACCAGAGCCAGAUCCACCUCCACCUCCCGCGCUUCGCCGACUGCUUCCGCGCGUGAUUCUUGGCUGAUCUCUCCAUGGAUUUAGGGUUGGUUAACUACUUAGCUAGUUUUGGUUUUUCCUUUUGCUCCCUCCUCCGAUCUUGAUUCGAUUGGGUUUACUCACCGGAAGAAUCGGAGGACGGCUUGCGAUGCUGAUGACGACGAAAAAUUUGAGAUCUCAAGUGUAAAGAAAGCGUAUUUCUUAGCUUUAUUCUUCUUCUUUUUUUCUUUGUUGUACAUCCACUUCUUUGAACACAUCAAUAAUUCAAUAUACUUUGAUCGUUGUACUUGCAAAAGAUUGUUAACUUGUUGAUUUG